GAGAAGAAAAAGAAAAGGAGAAAGUGAGGGUUAGAGAGAGAAGAAAAAAAAGAGAGAGAGAAAAGUGUGGGGGAGCUGCUGUUUGAGUGGGUGUUGCUCUGCUAUUCUUAGGACCUCUGCUCUACGUCCUACCACUGCUGUUCACGUCUCGCAGCCCCUCAGACCCUCAGAGAGGCGCACUGAACGGCCUCGCGCUGGAGAACCUGUCGUUCCUCUCUCUGCGCUGUUUCUCAUACGGCCUACUCCAGUGUCUUUUCCUGUAAGGAGCUUCUCCUGGCAGCCGAGCGAUGCAGGCGCAGGAUCUGAUCCGGCAGUUCCGGGUGCCCGACCUGGGCGACAUGAGGCAGUAUGUGCGAAGUUUGCCCACCAACAUACUCAUGGGCAUGGGAGGGUUCGCCGCCAUCACCACCUACUGGUAUGCAACCAGACCCAAAGCGCUGAAGCCCCCCUGCGACCUCGACAUGCAGUCCGUGGAGAUUGAGGGCGGGGAGUAUGCUCGGCGCUCCAUCCUGCUGGACAGCAACAAGCUCAUGACUCAUUUCUACGACGACGCACGAACGAUGUACGAGGCCUUUUUACGAGGACUAAGAGUUUCCAACAAUGGGCCUUGUUUAGGAUCAAGGAAACCCAACAAGCCGUACGAGUGGCUCUCAUAUAAAGAGGUUGCAGACAGAGCUGAAUUGAUCGGCUCAGCAUUGCUCCACAGAGGCCACAGUCAAGCAGGAGACAAAUACAUUGGCAUCUUCGCCCAGAACAGACCUGAGUGGACCAUUUCAGAGCUGGCCUGCUACACCUACUCGCUGGUGGCCGUUCCUCUGUAUGACACACUGGGCACUGAGGCCAUCAGAUACAUCGUAGACAACGCCCUGAUCUCAACAGUGAUCUGCGAUGUGGUGGAAAAGGCACGGAUGGUUCUAGACUGUGUGUUGGACCGAGAACACAGCGUUAAGACCAUUGUUCUAAUGGAGGAGUUUGAUAGUAAGCUUACAGCACGAGCGCAGCAGCAGGGCAUCGAGAUCAUCAGCCUGAAAGAACUGGAGGCUAUAGGCAAAGCCAACUACAAGAGGCCAACGCCUCCGAAACCAGAAGACCUCGCUCUGAUCUGCUUCACCAGCGGAACUACUGGAAAUCCGAAGGGAGCGAUGCUCACACACGGCAACAUUAUCUCCAACUGUGCUGGCUUCAUCAGAAUAACUGAGAUUCACUGCAUGCUCAACCAUGACGACACUCACAUAUCAUACCUUCCCCUCGCUCACAUGUUCGAGAGGGUGGUGGAGUGUGUGAUACUGGUCCACGGCGCGAGGAUAGGUUACUUCCAGGGGGAUAUCCGUUUGCUGAUGGACGAUCUGAAGACCCUGAAGCCCACUGUGUUUCCUGUCGUCCCCAGACUUCUCAACCGGAUGUUCGACAAGAUAUUCGGGCAGGCGAACACCCCGCUGAAGCGCUGGCUGCUGGACUUCGCUACGAGGAGAAAGGAGUCGGAGCUUCGCAGUGGUGUUGUGAGGAAGGACAGCAUGUGGGACAAACUGAUCUUCAGCAAAGUCCAGGCCAGUCUGGGUGGGUGUGUGAGGCUGAUGAUCACCGGAGCUGCUCCAGUUUCCCCCACUGUCCUCACAUUCCUAAGGGCUGCUCUGGGCUGCCAGUUUUAUGAAGGCUAUGGACAGACUGAGUGCACCGCGGGAUGUUCCAUGUCUCUGCCAGGAGACUGGACGGCAGGUCAUGUGGGAGCUCCACUGCCGUGUAACUACGUUAAGCUGGUGGACGUUUCUGAGAUGAACUACUGCGCUGCCAAUGGGGAGGGAGAGGUGUGCGUGAAAGGACCAAACGUGUUCCAGGGCUACCUGAAGGAUCCAGAGAAGACGGCAGAGGCCAUCGAUAAGGACGGCUGGCUGCACACAGGAGAUAUUGGAAAGUGGCUUCUGAAUGGCACCCUGAAGAUCAUCGACAGAAAGAAGCACAUUUUUAAGCUUGCACAGGGCGAAUACAUCGCUCCAGAGAAGAUCGAGAAUGUCUACACUCAGAGCGACCCUGUAGCCCAGAUCUUUGUGCAUGGAGACAGUCUGCAGGCUUGUUUGGUGGGGAUUGUGGUGCCAGAUCCCGACUUCCUCCCAGGAUGGGCAAAGAAAAGAGGCCUGGAAGGCUCCUACACAGAGCUCUGCAAGAGCAAGGAACUGAAAAAGGCCAUUCUGGAGGAUAUUGUACGGCUGGGGAGAGAAGCAGGCCUGAAGUCCUUUGAGCAGGUCAGAGACAUUGUCCUGCACCCAGAAAUGUUCUCUGUCCAGAACGGCCUUUUGACGCCCACCCUGAAAGCUAAGAGAACUGAGCUGAGGAACUACUUCAGAGAACACAUCGACCAGCUGUACGCCAGGAUCAAGAUGUGAAGGACCUCAGAGAGAAAGAGAACAGGAAAGACAGAGGAUGGGAGGACAGAUGGACACAGAAGGAGAGAGAAGAUGGGAGGACAUCUCUCUCCUUCUUUGCCAAUCUUUUUCUCCUUUUCCCUACAGUGGACACACAGGGGGACAGUAAAGCCCCCACAGAUCCUCACCCACAGGACAUUCAUCACUGUGGUGAAGCCUUGGUGAGCUCCCAGUUAUGAAGUGCGAUUAUUAUGGGCACCACAAGGUGGCGCCGUUCUCCCUUUGCUUCAGGGGUUCAGUAUGAACUCGCUUAAGUACCUCGGCCACUUCAUUUUCUAUAUUAAUAUUUUUUAAAAAAUGACAAAAAUUCUGAUUGAAGGCCUUAAGGCCAAUAAACGCCUUCAUUCAAUAAAUAUGAAUCAUAUUAAUUUGUUCGGAAACACUUUACUGUAGGGUGCUGUUCAUACGCCUACAUGACACGUACAUAAGUUUGUCAUUACUACUGACAUACAUGACUGUUUAUAAAUGCUUAUUACGACAGGCGUCAUCUGUCAUAAAGGCUACUUUAGCUGACUUAGCUCAAAUGUAACCUUUAUAGCGAACAACGGUUAUUGGAACAAGCAUUUAUUAACAGUUAUGAAGGGUUAUGUCAGUUGUCAUGACAACCUUAUGUCAGAGUCAUGUUGCCUUAUGAACAGAACCUGUCAGGAAAGUGUUACCAUUUGUUCCCAUUAAUUGAUUGGUAUUAAUCUUGUCAUUGAUGUUUUAAAUGUAAUUGUUUCCCAAUUUAACCAAGUAUCUCAGUCGUCUGUCCUGCCUCAGCAAAACUGAAGUGUACAGAGACGGCUGGCGCUCAUGUACAGCAACAUCAGCAGUGAAAGACGGAGAUGUUUAAUGAUUCAUUAUUAUUUAAACAAAAUUGUAAUUAUUUGUAAUUUCAGUUGUGAGCUUUGACUGAACGCUGGCAUCCACAGCUAAUCUGAGUGUGUUUCAUGCGUCGACUCUCCAUCAAGUGCAUGUGUAAUAUAAUUUGUUGACCUUUUAAUGUUCAACGCUAAAAUCUUCUCACUUUGUUGGUUUAAUAAAAGCACUAUUGGCCAAAGCACAAAGUUUAACCAGCCCCGAGAUGCUCUGCCACAAUUCUCAGGAUACUUUUGCAGGGGACUGUCCAGAUCAGUGUGGUCACUAAUUACUGUCUUCUGUAUUAUGAAUUACAGGUAUGAAAGAAAAACAUUAAUUAGAUUUUUAAUGAGUUUAAUGAGGAAUUUAUGUACGUCUGAAAUUUGAACUAAACGAUGACGCAGUGGGCUGCAGGUUUUUCUCAACCAGCAGUACAGGAAAUCCCCAUCCAGGUCACCAGUGCCUCCUCUAUGCUAUUAAACAUGCAUUCUGUACAUAA